GCCUGGAAUGACAGCGCCGUAAAACUCGGCUGCAGUGACUGAUGUGGCCUUCCACUCAAUGCAUCGGAAAGAGCCAGAUUUGAAGGCUGUUAACUUUGCUGACAAGAUAAAGGGACAUAAGCUGAAUGGAAGCAUAAUAGGAGAGGUAGAGGUGGAUUCGGAAAAUUCCUGUCAGUUACGGUGUGUGGAGGAAGAGCAAUGUCAGUCUUACAACUUUAGAACCAUAAUGGGCGACUCAAGGAAAUUCAAGUGUCAGCUAAGCGGCUCUGAUCGAUUAGCUGGAUUUGCUAACUUAACUGCAGAUAAAGAUUUCAUUUACAGAGGAAUAAAGAGCCCUUGUAAGAUAAGUGGUUCCAUUUGUGGCGAAAAAGGAAUCUGUGUCCCCAACUAUCAAGAUGGCAGUCUAAGAUGCAAAUGUACAGAUGGCUUCAGAGGACCAACUUGCGAUAUAGAGCCAAGCAGCUGCGCUGAAUUGCUUCGACACGGUUGGAAUUCCAGUGGCGUAUACACCAUCAAUCCAGAUGGCGGAAAACCAGUGCAAGUGUUGUGUGACAUGAUUACGGAUGGUGGAGGUUGGACUGUUUUUCAGAGACGUUUAGACGGCUCUGUAGAUUUUUUUCUAGGAUGGGAAUCUUACAAAUACGGCUUUGGAAAUCUUAAUGGCGAGUUCUGGCUCGGAAACGAUAAUCUUCAUCAUUUGACAGACUCUGAUGACGUAAUGCUGAGAGUUGACCUGGAAGACUUUGAAGGGAACAUCGCCUACGCUGAGUACACUACUUUCAAGGUGGCAGACGAGGCUGAUAAGUACAGGCUUUUGAUUGGAGGAUACUCUGGCACGGCUGGUGACUCCAUGCUCGGGCAUGACUCCAUGCGCGUGUCUCUAAGCCAAAUGCAGUUUUCUACAAAAGACCAGGACAAUGAUCAUGGUAAUCACACGUCUAACUGCGCCGAACACUACAAGGGAGCCUGGUGGUACAACGACUGCCAUAGGUCCAAUCUGAACGGAUUGUACCUCCAUGGCCCUGGAGCCCCUUUUGGUAUAGGUGUCAACUGGUACGCUUUCCGGGGCUAUCACUACUCACUAAAACGCACUGAGAUGAAAGUAAAAACGAAGGCAUAAGACGAUGUCUAUGCAAGAGUGAACAACAAGGAAACAAUUUGAACUUUGUACGCUAGAGUGAACGACUAGGAGACAAUUUGAGCUUAAACUUGCACAAAACCUACCUUAGCAAGUAAAUACGUCUACAUGACGACACCAUUAAAUUGAAUCUUCUUCGACAGUUUCAUCGAAAUUCAUGCCCACGAACUAGUGUUUAGGUACAGCCCAUAGUUAUAUACGUUAUCAUAAUCUUAGUCCUAAAAGUCCUUCUGUGAAAUCAGUUACUUAACCGAACUUUCCAGAACGUUGGAGCACUGCAGAAAUAGAUAUACUAAUUGUAUUAGAGGACAAAAUCACAACAGGGUCGAUUAAAAGUACGCAAUUUAGAUUACGGAAACACUUUACUCGACUUCUUGUUGUAGUGUAAACCGACCCGCCCCGAACAAGUGAUAAAUCUAUACUAACGAGAGAAGGUGUCGCACGUGUGUCAACUUCAGUGACGUCUAAUGCAACAAUUCUAAAAUACACUGCAUAGCAUUGUACGGAGU